AUGAAACUAUUCGUUGUACUCUGUGCCAUCUUCGUAUUGAAUGCCUCAGCCUAUGUGGUGAAGAGUCGUGAUGAUUUGCUGCAAUUCCGCAAUGAAUGUAUCUCCGAAUUGGAGAUCUCCGAAAAUCUUGUCGAACAAUACAAGAAGUGGCAAUAUCCCAACGAUUCCGUGACCCAUUGUUAUUUGAAAUGUGUUUUCGUGAAGUUCGGAUUCUUCGAUACCACCAACGGUUUCAAUGUUGAAAAUAUCCAUCAACAAUUGGUUGGUAGCCACGCUGAGGCUAAUCAUGAUGAUGCUGUCCAUGCUAAAAUCGAAUCGUGCGUCGAUAAGAAUGAACAAGGUAGCAAUGCCUGUGAAUGGGCUUAUCGUGGUGCCACUUGCUUUAUUAAGAACAAUUUGCAGUUGGUGCAACGCAGUGUUGCUCCCUCGGCUUAAGUGCAUUUCGUU